CAAACACAAUUAUGCCUUGGAAGAUGCAAGGAGAAAUUAAAGAUGAUGAUUCUGGAUGUGGUGAUCGUUUGACUCCUGAGGUGACAAGUGCAUCUUCUUCCGGAAACUCUGAUGCAAUGUGUAUAAGAAAUGCUGCUCUUCUAUAUAAGUGCAUUGCAGACAACAAAUUCAUUAUAGCAGUUGUUGUAAUCACAUCUUUGAUCAUUGCUAUAAUUUUAUUGGCUGUUAAAAAAACAGAAAUAUAUCCGCCUUGUCCUCUCCUCGCAAGCCAAGGUGUUGCCUGCCCAGAUUCCUGGGUUGGAUACAGGGGGAAAUGUUUCUAUGCAUCAAAAGAAGAAAGGAAUUGGACUGUCAGUUUAGAGACCUGUUCUUCAUUUAAUGCCUCCUUGGCUGUGAUUGAUAAUCAGAAUGAAUUGGAUUUUUGGGUAGCCUUUUUCCAUCCGUUUCAUUACUGGUUUGGUCUCUCAAGAGAGGUUAACCAGACCUGGAAAUGGUCCAAUGGCACAGAGUUUAAAAAUCGGUUUCCAGUGCGAGGGGAAGGCUUCUGUGCAUAUCUAAAUGGAAAAGGGGCUGAUAGCACCUUGUGUUCCAUGGAGAAACUUUUUCUCUGCAGCCGGCCAGAAAGUUGUAAGACAACUGGAUAACACAACUUAAUCCAAAGGAGGAACUUUUGCAGUAUGAUUCACAUUUUAAUACAGAAAAUUCUGUGCCCUUAUUGGCCUUAUCAGCCAUUUGCGGAGACACCAUGGAUAGUCCACUACCUGCUA